CAACAAGCUAGGCCAGGCCGAGUGGGUCACCCAGAAGCUAGACAGUUGGCACGUUCGAGUUACACAGUUUCUAGCUUUGACUAUCCCUCUGCCCGGAACCCUGAACAGCCAGCACCAUGUCGUUCGCGGAGAGCGCCCACCAAGUCUUCAUCACGCGAAGCAGCUAUGAGGGGACCUUUGGCAACACGGUCAACGUGAUGAACGGUUUCGGCAGCUACCGCUAUCCGGAUGGAAGCGAGUACCGAGGUGGCUUCCACCAAGGUCAGUUCCAUGGCUUCGGCCAGCUGCGUCUGUCGCAGCCGUACCGCUUCACCUUCAAGGGUGAGUUCAAGAACGGAUGCCUGGUGUCAAUCGAGGACAUGUGGUUCUCCGACGGUCUGCAUGUGAAAGGCAGGAUUACGCCUAACGGACUCGACUGCUCCGAGUGGGAUUACCUGACUCCCACGGAUCGGCGCUACCAGGCAGAGCGGCGCUAUGGCCAGCAGCCGGUGGGGCCCACCGCCUUCCUCACCUCCAAAAUGGUGGCGCGCACCCUUCCGAAGAACUGCUAUGAUACCGAAGAGGGCAUCUACAAUUCCGAGACCUGCUGGCUGACGGAGCGCGCUCCACCGCUCCAGAGCUCCGUCUACGUGGCCUGCCAGAAGGAGAAGAAGUGGAUCGAAAACAAUUGCCGGAAAGCCAGAAGUGAGCACAUGGUGGAGCCCAAUGCCAACGAGUGCCGCAGCAUCAUUGAGAACAAUUUGGCCACGGAACGAGUGCAACUGAAGGACACGUCCAUCUACGCGCCGUUCGGCAAGGUGAAUCGGGAGCGCUACUUCCACAACUUGGCCAAGAAGCGGGGUCACGCCGAGAGGGACCCGCAGUCCUCCGACCGCCAGCGCAGAAUGCGCGUUGACGAUCCUGCCUGGGAGACUGAUGCCUGCUUCCGUGCCUAUGCCCGAGUGUCGGAGCAGCAGGAGUCCCGCAGCCGCAGCCAGCCGCAAACCCGGUCACAACGAAUCAAGCAGCCACGCCACUGGUCGAGCACCUCGGAUGUCCGGAAACCCAAGUCGGAGGGUGACUUCAGCUGCGAGUCGAACAGCUUCAACGAGGACUCGAUUCCCCUCAACGUGAAGGAGACGUACCUGGCGGCCGCGUCCAUGAAGCAAUGGAAGGGCACGGACAACCUCACCGUGGUGCAGUCCAACCUUGUCCGCCGCAUCAGCUACAUGGACAUGACGCGUUCCAUCUUCGAGUUGUAGAUUGAUCGAAAUAUGUUUUCCAAAAUUUUAAUGUCAGCUAUGUGAUCCCUUCUUCGAAAGGAUCAGCAUUAAGCGGGAAUAUUUAUCUUUUUAAACUCUGAAUAAAUGUUACAUAAUUUUAA